AUACGAGGCGAGCGACGACAUCAAGAAUAGUCACUUGUCCAAAUAAUGCAGUUGAAUUAAUAUUUGAUAAAAAUAUAAGAAAUUAAAUUCAGCUGUUUUAAUUAAUUGGGGUUUGUAAUUCGUAUCCGCCUCUUCAAUGGACAGAGCACUGUUUGUUUUAUCGGUUUGAAUUAGUGUUAAUGCUAUCUGUGGGCACCUAGCGUAAAGCUAGCUAGCCAACAACGCCGAGGUAGCUAAACUACGUUGAGAUUUGCGGCCAAUCAGAUCUUUACCACGGCUCACCAAUUUACCUUAUGCAAAUUACACAUUUUUGGACAGUUUAUUAUUUGCAAAUGUGUCAUCUAAUAACCGAAGCAGUUGCAGCAAAUGCCACUCACAGUCGACAUAACUCUUGAAGCAGUGAAGCUCUGUAAUCACAACCCACCAGAGCCCCGUCCCUCCGUCGGACAUGUAGAAGUGAGCAGGCUCAGGCAAGUUCAAUAACAUCUGGCUUUCCCUUCAAGGAUUUGUUGAUUUGUUUGAUCUGCCUUGAUCUGUCAAAGAUGGAAGAAGAUAGAAGAAAGAUGGAAGAUGCUCAGAUGAGCGCUGUGACUGCUGAAGUCAAGCCAGAAGGUGCCAAGAAUGAUAUGCUAAGAGCAAACCUUACAGAAGGAACAGAUGACUUGUUUGAUCGACCCAAAACAGUUGAAAAGCCAAAUGAUUGCAUUGUAAUGGAGAACACUGAAAAUAACCGGGCACCUCAGAACACCAUAGACUGUCUGAGUGCAGAUGUACAGGACAAGUCUGGCUUCGCUGGCAGAAACAUGAAAGCUCAAAUUCAUUGUUCCAAUGGACAGAAACUGAAGCGGCCCAACUCACCUGAUCCCCAUCCCGUCAAAACAACCUGUGCAGCUUCACACUCUUCCAGUCGCAUGCUCAUCCUUGUUCCUGGCAGUAGCCCUAAUAAAGCUGUGGGUACCCCAAGUGAUGUGGAGAUGCUGAGUCCGGACAGCCCUGUUGAUAAAUUCCUGCCGGUCAACUAUGUGGAAAGGGUUCAAGAUGACUCCACAAUGAUUUCAGCUAUGGAUUCCCAGCGGUUUGCAAAGCAUUCUGAUUUUGGAAAUGUGGCCAAAGACAAGUCAGCAACCAUGGUAACAGAGGAUGGUGGGAAAUCCAAGUGCUGUGGAUCACCUGGUACAAGUGCUAGUGGCGGCCAUGUAGGGACUACAGUAGUGAGUGUUCAAUUCUUAUUGGAUGACAUGGACAGAAGGUGGUUGGGGACGUCCAUUGAUGAACUGAAUAGAAUGCCCCAUUGUGCUCCUCCUCUUACUCGUCUGAAGUCAGUGCAUAAUCACACUGUCACAGUCAGGACAGACCUCCUAAGGGAGGGAGAGCUCCCUGUCCCAUACCCUACCAAGUUCAAGGAUGCCUGGGAUGACAUAUCUGUAAAGAUGCCCUGCUCUGAGAAGAACCUCUUUCCCAUAGAGAGUGAGGAUGGAGGUGGUGUCCAGAGUCGAUGGGAACUGAUCCGCACAGCUUUGGAAGGAGAGUUAAAAAGUUCUCUGGAUGUGACAGAUGCAAUACUGAGAUACAACACUGCCCAUGCAAAGAAAUGGGACUUCACUGCCCUGAACCUUCUUUGCACAGAGUGUCUUGAGCAUUGUGAGGCACAACACCUGUUUGAGGUCAUCUUGCCUGCGAUGGUGACAUUGGCACUCAGUGCUCCUCGUGUAUGCACAACGCCAAUUCCUCUGUUGAAGUCGAGGAUGAACCAUUCCCUGACUCUGUCUCAGGCACAGAUCGCCUGUCUGCUGGCCAAUGCCUUCUUCUGCACAUUUCCCCGACGCAACUCCCGCAAAUCAGAGUACGCCAAUUACCCCGAGAUCAACUUUAACAGAUUGUUUGAAGAUUCUUCACCAAGGAAGAUUGAGAAACUAAAAACUCUGCUGUGUUACUUCAGGAGAGUCACAGAGAUUAAGCCCAAAGGUCUUGUUACAUUCACAAGACAAAGUCUGAAUAACAAUCCGAACUGGGAAAGCUCCCAAACUCGGCUGACACGGCUCCACAUCACCUGUGAGGGGACGAUCGAGGAUGAUGGAUAUGGGAUGCUGCAGGUGGACUUUGCCAACAGGAUGGUAGGCGGAGGUGUAACAGGACAUGGUCUGGUCCAGGAGGAGAUCAGGUUCCUCAUAAACCCUGAACUCAUUGUCUCCCGCCUCUUCACAGAAGCCUUGGAAUACAACGAGUGCCUCAUUGUCACAGGCACUGAGCAGUAUAGUAAAUAUUCGGGCUAUUCUGAGAGUUUCAAAUGGAAAGACAGUCACAAGGAUGAAACACCCAGGGAUAACUGGCAAAGACGGUGUACAGAGAUUGUUGCCCUGGACGCUCUUAGGUAUAGGUACUUUCUAGAGCAGUUCCACCCAGAGAAGAUGGCCAGAGAACUCAAUAAGGCAUACUGUGGAUUCUUCCGACAUAACGCCAACAACCAGCACCUCCCUGCAGUAGCCACUGGCAACUGGGGCUGUGGGGCAUUUGGUGGAGACACACGAUUAAAAGCUCUGAUUCAGUUGAUGGCAGCAGCAGAGGCAGGGAGAGACGUGGCCUAUUUCACCUUUGGAGACGCUCAGCUGAUGAGGGAUGUAAAUGAAAUGCACACAUUUCUCACGAAGAGACGAGUCACUGUGGGGAGGCUGUACAGCCUGUUGAACCAGUACUCCAGUACAGUGUGUAAGAACUGCCGGAACACGCGCCCCGACAUCAGUCUCUACAGUUUCAUCCAUGAGAGGGUCUCUUCCUCCACACCAGCUGAUGCCUCCGACUUCAACAAGGGUUCUGGGAUGUCGGACUGUCACUAAUGAAGAGGAGAAAGCAGCCACUUUAACUCCUCUCACGCCCUCAACCUAUUUUGUUAAUUAGUCUCCAGGUUUGAAAACCUCUGCCUAUUUAGUGUGCUCUCUCUCUCAAUCUCUUGCUCACAAUCGCUAUCUUUCAUAUGCCCUUUAAGUUUGUGACCCCAACACACAAACUACCAAGACACACUUAUGCCUUUCUUGCUGGUGGCUCUUUAGGAGCCACGUAGUGAGUCACCAGAACAUGUGUGACAGAGACUUAUAGCAAUAGUAAAUAUCGGUUGCUGUCAAGCCUUUCUUUAGCCUCGAUAUGAUGUGGAGAGUUCUGUUUGUAUCUGUCUUUUGAGUUGAUAAAACUCAAAUAUGGCCAAAUACUCAUCAUAUGCAUGGUUAUGAGUACGGGACAUCUUUGAUGUUAGUAUCUAGGGCAUGUUAAUCCUCCUUGGGUAUCUUCUCUUACGUUGUGUUCACUUCUUUUGAAUGAGUUGACUCCUUUUUGACUGUAUGCUGGCAGUGGGGAGGUUCCUGAAUGCAGAAGGAUGAGAUACCAUACUAUAUAGUCUAUGCAUGGGUGACAUUUAUUUCUCUAAUGUACUACACACAUAUACGCUGCUGCUGCUUUUUUUUUCUUUUUUUUUUCCUUCUGGGUUGUCAGUUUUUAUCACACAUAUUAUCUUGACCUUUCUGGCUGAUUUGAAGAUGACACUAAACAUUGUAUUACAUUGUCACAGGUAUGAAUCCCUAAAGACACAGAAGGAAAGUGCUUUAUUGUUGGCUUAAUUUCAGACAGUCUUAUUAUUCUCAGUAAUUCAUCUUUCAAAUAACAGAUGAGAAGCUCACAAAUUAUUAAGUACACUCCUGCUAUAUAAAAAGAAUGGGCAGAUACAGAAAUAAUCGCGCACGCAAAUUAUUAUUUUUGUUGAUAUUUUUACUCACCAUUUGCUUUGGAGAUUUGGUGAUUUUUUUUUUUUAUUUACUGUAUUUUUGAUUGAUAAUAUGGAGACUAUUUAAUGUUGGGUUUGGAUUUUGAAAAAAUCAAAUUAAAUGCUGUAAUUGUAUCGCAUAGUAUUGUAGGAUUCUUAGGUUGUACUCUUUGUAUUAUAAUUUCUUAAUUAAAACAUAUCUUGCUAAAAACGUAGCCUUAUGCUGUCUGCACAUCAUUAAUGUAAAACAACUGGAGGACAACCUUGAAGCCACUCCAACCCACAGCACAAAGCAGGCUAAGGAUAUAAGA